AGGUGCAUUGUUGACGAAGAUGAUAAAGAAUUUAAUUUUUUGGCUGUUUAGAUGGUAAAACAAGAUGGACGUUGUAACUUUAGACCGUCUUCAAGCAGAGAAUGAAAGAUACUUUUUAGCAAGGCUUCGGAGCCAGGAUGAAGUGGUUCAACUCUAUGAACAACCCAGCUUACAGCAGCAAGCUCUUGAUUUGAUGCCAGUAUCUGCAAUGAGAAAAGAGGCAAGAAAGGAAAGCGAACAAACGGGAAAGGAUGAAAGGGAUUGUUUAAUGCAUCAGGUCAACAAAUGGUUUUAUGGUUCAUUUUUUAGCUGGCUGGAUAAACCAAAGUGCUCACGGUGUGGCACAGUAACAAAAAACAUAGGAAUACUUCCCCCCACAAUAGAAGAACAAAGGUGGUUAGUUGGACGUGUAGAGGGAUUCAAAUGCCCUUACUGUGGGACAGAUGAAAGAUUCCCAAGAUACAAUCAUCCAGCAAAGUUGUUAGAAACCCGUCGUGGCAGAUGUGGUGAACAUGCAAACUGUCAGGCCUUGCUGCUUCGCUCCAUGGGUUUUGAUGUUCGUCAUGUCACUGAUUGGACAGAUCAUGUAUGGGUGGAAGUUUAUUCUUAUAAGGAGCAGAAAUGGGUUACUUGUGAUAGAGAUUACUUUAGCCGUGAGAGGGAAGGAAAGAAAUUGAGUUAUAUGGUGGCAGUAUCUAAUGAAGAGACUGUGGAUGUGACAUGGAGAUAUUCAACCAAACAGAAUGAAGUCAUGCAGCGAAGAUUACAUGUCAGCGAGGAAUGGCUGGCAAGAGCAUUAGCAUUUCUAAAUUACCAGAAGCAACAAAAACUCUCCCCUGCAAGGCGUGAAACACUCAGGGAACGUUCAGCUCUGGAAUUGGCUGAGUUCCUUUCAAACUAUCAGAAACAACUUGAACCCAAGCACACGCCUUAUACAUUUACACCCACUGAUGAAGAAAUCAACAGCAAAAGGUUACAGGUGCAGUAUUGUUGUGCAAGUGACAAAUACCACAGGGGACCCAAAAUGGAGACAUUCUUGCAAGGUUGGAAGUCUGGGGCAGCAGCUGUGAAGUCAGUCUUCAGGAAAUAUGAACAUGAUUGGACAACAGUACUCAACUAUCUUCGUUCUCGUGGAGUGAAAGAAGCUGAUCUAACAACAUUAAGGAAAGGAAAUGCCUUCCUCUCUCGUCUUCCUUCUUCGCCAACUGGUUUGGUUUCAUGGGCAAUGGAUUUCUCUACCUCUGGUUUGGUGAUCGACACUAUCACCAUAAUAACUCAUUGUGUGACCAUGGAAAGUGGAAAGGUAGACUGGAAACUAGAGGGAGAUGAUGACGUCGUAGAGAAUCUGAGCUUCAGCAGUCAGCGUGAUCACAAAUCACACACGACUUCAUCCCUCAGAGGCUGCAAGACUCUCAAACUGACAGCUGCCCUCAGCGGAGGAAGAGGCAAGUUGGCUUGGAAACAUGCUCAGCUUUGCAGCCAGCCAAUUGACAGCGAGGGAGACUCUUCCUUAGAUAUUGCUGUUACACUAAAGGAGUCAACAGCUUAGGAUGUGUGUAACAAGUUUUAAAACGAGUAGUCUUAAGGCCACUGAACCUCUGUAAUUUUUACCAUAAAUUAUACAGUACCAUCUAGGUGCGAUUUUGAAGGUA